GAAUGACACUAAAAUGGCGGCCAAGGGAGGUAAUAAUUGCUAUGAGAACAGCAUCAAUAAUUUAUUGCUGUUAAAUUAACGUUUAAUUUCUUCAACAGGACCCGGUCUGGUGUUUGUUGUGUUUCCAACAGCAUUUAGUAUGAUGCCUGUACCACAUCUUUGGGCAGUACUGCUUUUCCUAAUGCUGAUCACCGCAGUCUUUGACAGCAUUUUUGGAAUGAUAGAGACUGUUACCAGCUGUAUUAUAGACCAAUUUCCACGUCAGUUACUGAAAAGGCGCGUUCUUGUCAACAUUAUUACUGGAUUAUUUUUCUUUCUCACAGGACUUCCGCUCACAAUGAAUGGUGGAAUUUACCUUUUUCAGUUAGGUGACUGGUAUUUCGCCCUCUUUGCUUUAUUGUUUGGUGCUUUAUUUGAAUGCAUAUCAAUUUGUUGGAUAUAUGGUACUGAUAGGUUUGCCCGGGAUAUAUAUUUUAUGACGGGGAGAAACGUUUCUGUCGUGCUUCGGGUUUUAUGGACCAUUACAAUACCUUUAUUUGUUACGAUUGCCUUCUUAGCGUUGCUAACGCAGUAUUCUGCUCCGGCUUAUGGCGAUGGGUAUAAAUAUAGCAAAGAGGCCAUUGCCUGUGGUAUUUUUGUCGGUAUGCUACCUGUUAUGGCAAUGGUCGCUGCAGGAAUCGUCGCUGUAGCUUACCGAGAUGGUUCAUUGUUACAGCGUUUGGCAGCAAGUCUGAAACCUAGUGCUAAUUGGGGACCGUAUGAGGAAGAUACUCGGGACAGAUACCGUAUGAAACCGUAUAUUUACCCAUCCACAUGGUGGCAAAAAUUCAAAGAAAAUAUCACAGGAAGAAAUGAUGAUUUUUCAGUGUGAGAAGGCCAAUUUACGUGUCUUUAUCUAUAUAAUAGUCGUGAAAUCGCCUUUGACUAUUGAGUGGCGAAGACAAGAAGACACGUAAUGGCAGAAAUCUGCCAUAUAGAGAAUAACAUGCUACUGUUUUUUUUGAUAUCAAUUUUGUCAGGCGAGGCUGAUAUGGGCUAGAAAAGGCGAGGCUUGCCGAGCCCUUUCUGCCCAUAUCAGCCGAUACUGAUAAAAUUGAUAUCAAAAGACAGUAGCAUGUUUUUCUAUUCAUCAUGUAACAUAUAAAACUGUCAAAAUUACAAAAUAGUCUACUUUUAAAUAGCGAAUUUCGUAAAAAAGGGGAUUUUUGUUCAAAGAAAUAAUUCUUGAAAACAAAUUCAUCCGCCCCUGAAACUUAGAAAAAAUCAGCAGGCGAACAAAGAAAAUGAAAUUUUACGAUCGUUGGUGUUUAAGUGGCAUAAGAAAUGUAGUGAUGGACAUUACUGUGAGAAGCAGUUACGGUCAUUGAAUCGGUAACGAGUGUGUUAUAUGACGUUGACGUCAAUUACUUUUCAGAGUGCGUUGCUGUACCGAUAUGUGUUUAUGUAAAAUAAAAUAUUGUUGUAAUACAAGAAGCUACUAAC